AUGACUUCUCCUCCUGAAUCCUCGCCUCCUCCAAGCUCCCCGAAACCCCCCCAUCCCAUCAUCUGUAACGCUCUGCGCAUAUCGCUCUCCGCAUCAGAGUACAAAUCACUACACGAGAAGUUCAUCAAGUGGCUACCUCCUGGCGUUCAGGAUCGGAUCUUGGAGCCAGCCGCGUUUAGAGAAGUUGUCAAAUCUCAGAAUAAAUACAAUGAGGCUGCUCUCCGCGCUUCGCUCCGUGUCCUCCUGGCCACCGGAGCUGGCAUGAAACUCUUCAUUUAUAUAUCACAAAAGCUGGCAUCGAGGAAGACGCAAAACGCCGUCCUGGCAGGCUUUGCUCUGGGUGCUUACCCACAAAGCCAACUUCGCCUCACGCUAGCUAUUUACAUGUCAACCCGAAGCUUGGAAUUUUUGUUUAAUGAAUUGGACGCCAAUGGAUGGUUCAAGAACCGGCCGUGGUGGUUUGGAAGUUGGUUGUUGAUGCCGGUUUCCUUGGCCCAACUGUUCCACGCGUUUGUUUUUGAUCGCGAGGCCGAGCCGAAGUGGUUCGGUGACUUUAUCCUCAAUUUUACUCCAGGCCACAUUCCCCCUCGACCAGGGAGCUACCCUUCGGACCGCCACUGGAUAGACCAAUAUGAAACUGUGGAUUCUCUAGCUAAAAUUUCCGAAUUGAAAUGGCCUGCCUUCAUCUCGCCAAUCCUCCACCCAUCAAAUCCAAAAACCCUUCCGGAUUCCCUGCAAUCCAUAUCCGCCGUAACAUCCUCCGCCCACCCCUCAAUCUCUUCUUUAUCCUGUGCACUCCUCCACUCUAAAUCCCCCUCGUGCCUAACCGCCUCCCUCCACCAAUACCUCCUCUCAAUCCCCCUCCUCGCGCGCUUCCUCACAAAGGUAUAUUUAAUCCUCUCCCUCUUGAAAUUCAAAACUUUCAUCCACCAACCAAUUCUUGCCAUCAACGGUGUCUGCAUGAAAAUCCUCUCCAGAACCGCCAUCCUUUCCACAGCCUUAGGGACAGCGUGGGGCAGUGUGUGCCUGUUCAACUCCUUCCUACCUUGUUCGUUGUUACCCACACAGCGCUUUUACCUCAGUGGAGCACUGGCUGGGUUACCAUUUGCCUUCGCUGGCAAUGGUAAUCGGUCCAUGUUCCUCUAUUUCUUCCGUAUUGCGGUUGACUCUGCUUGGAAAGUUGGGACGAAGCGCGGAGUAUGGCGCGGCGGGAAGGGAGGUGAUCUAUUCGUCUUUGUUGCAUCGUGGGCGCUUAUUGGGGUGCUGUUGGAGAAGAAUCCCGGUGCGGUUGAUGGAGCGGGUUUGAGGAAGAUUUUUGCGUGGUUGCGGGGUGAUGGGUUUGUGGACCUGGUCGAGACGGCUGGUGUGAAGAAGAAGGGGAAGAAGGCGCCGGCUGCUGCUGCUGCGGAUUAA